CGAACUUUCGAGUUAACAGCACGUGCUGAUGUCGGUUUAAUAAGAAUAAAACAAAUUAAAUACUGUGGUUGAUAUUAAGUUAUUGUUUAUAUAAAAUGCAGCUCUCUGGCGCUCCCCGUUAUUUAUUGUUAGCGACCGUCUUCGCAGCUUCACAAGUCUACACUCAAGGACAAACACAUAAUCUACUGGAAGAAAACUUAGAGAAAAGAUUGUCCAAACGAGAGGCUGCCAUAUUUAUUGAUAACUUCCCAAUUAUACCAAUUUCGAGGCAAGCACCAGACGUAGUAUACAGGAAAAUAUCUAAAAAGAGAUACAGAAAUCCAAAGCCAAAGUAUGGACCGCCUAGCUAUAAGUAUCGAUCAACAAAACCCAGCAAAUCUAUCAAGAAAUACAGACGACCAGUGAAAUCUAAAUACGGCCCACCGAGCUAUAAGAAACGUCCGGUAAGGACCAACUACGGGCCUCCAAAACCCACUUACAAACCCGUCUAUGGACCACCCAAGAAAAUACCAUACAGCUACUAUGCUGCGGAACCUAGCUUUAGAGAGGCGGCCCAAGACUUUAGACCAAAUUACCAACACACGAAACAGAGCUUUGGGGAACCACCUAUUGACUCGUAUGUCGCUCCACCGAAUACAGCUGUUGAAGAUUCUUAUAAUCAAUACUCAUUAACAAAUAGUAACUCCAGACCCUUAAGUGGUUAUGGAGGAACAGGCGCGAGUGAUCACGAGUACGGCUCCUGGCAGAACUAUCAAAGCGAUCAAGAUUUCGACAAUACCUUUGAUUAUUCCAAGAAACACUCUGUGUUUGUUAAACCAGAGACAUUCGUUAAACCCGACACAGAGUAUGAUUUAACUUCUUACGGAGAUUAUGCCCAGAAUGUAAAGUCUGUAGAACAGGAGCCAAUUAUUUUCAUAAAGAAAAAGAAACCCCAUAUAAAUGAAAGUGAAAAACCGGGCAGACCUCAAAAACAAAGAUCCAACUCUCAAGAAGUCAUAGUUGGAGGAAAAUACGCGGAACCUCCGGCGAGAUAUGUGAAUAGAGUUCAGUCCGCUUCUGUUUACUCAGACGACGAUGAGUUUGAUUCAAAUGAAUACAUUGACCCUGAUGUGGCUGUGUCGGCCACCAUGUCUCCGUAUGUCAACUAUAAAAAUAGUAACAUGGCAUUCAGUCCGCAAAAUUUAAACGACGCGUUUAGUAUAGUAGAGAAAUGAUUUCCAUACACAAAAUUUAAUUUAUUAUUAUAUUUCAUUAGUACUAAGAAUAUAUUGUAGAAAUGAAAAAUAGUUGUUAGUCACAUU